UACAACUCGCCGGACGACAUAUUGUGGUUGGUGUGUUUGUAUACGGAAUUUUUGGAGUUGUCCAAGUGUCUGGUGAAUGUUUUCGGAUUCUCGCGAAUGUCCUUUUUCCCUGCUUGAAGUUCCGUUGCAAAUCUGCAAUGGGAUAACGUUCGGUUUCGAUUGAGCUGGAAAUGUUGGAGUAACUUAGAUGGGUUGUUCGUGAUUUUGUUGUUUGUUUUGGAACCGCAGACUGUGGCGUGGGGCCUGUGCUGCUGCAAAUCAGAGGACAAGCCUAAACACCGAGGAUGGAGGUCCAACAGAAAAUCGCUGAAAUGCAAAAAUACAUCCCUUGCCUGAGGGGGUUGAUCGAAAAUCUUGAGAAGAACAAAGAGAAGGAAGGGCAAGUGAAGAAGAUGCAGUAUCUCAUGGACAUGCUGACGAGGAAGGACUUGAGCAUCAAACUUGAAACCCUCAACCGUUGCGAAGAGGUCCUAAUGAAAUUUUACAACAAAGAGCCAAUUACAGCAACACAUUCGGACGGAAGCUGCGAUCAGACGGACAUUCCAGAAAAGGCGAAGGAAGAGGACCAGAAUUCUGGGGAUAACUGUGGCAGUGGAAGCCCGGAUAAGGUAAACUCCGGACCGGAAGCAGAGAACCUUUUCAAUGGAAGUCUGCCGAGUACUAAUGGAAACAGCUGCGAUAUUCCCGCUCAGGAGGAGAAUAACUCACAAGUCGCCUCGGAUUUAGUGACGAAUACCGAGUCAGAAACGGCAGCAACUAAAAGCAAUGAGUCCCCGCAGCUGAGUCGUACCGAAGGAGACGUUGGCAAAACGAACUUCUCGAUAAUUUCGUAUCUUGGUGGCGUCAACCAAGAAGGAGGCACGGCAAAUGAGGAAUCAGCAGCAAAAGGACCUGUCUUGAAAAGUAUCUUGGAGGAAGCAAAAUCCAAUGAAAUUGCAGAAGACUCGCAACCAUUACCAUCUGCGGACUCUUCUGAUCCAUCUAAGGAAGAAUUAGUAUCCGAAGACCCCAAACUCGAAAGCAAUUCGGAUUUAAUAGAAAACAACGCGAAAGAUACGCAGCCAGAGAAACAGGAUGAAUCGCUUCCUAAUGGAACAGCAAAAGGCAGCGAUGCAGGCGGCGGAGAAUCUGAUAUGGAAAUUGACGAGGAGCUUACAAAUUCAAUAGCAUUGGAGACGGAAGAAAAGCCAUCGGAGCUGUCGGAUGUAGCUGGAAGUAUUCCUGAGGAGCUCGAUGUAGCGAAAUCGGUAAAUUAUCCAUCAUCACAUGUGCCCGAUUCCGAUAAAAUUCUCCAGAUGCUUCAGGAAUCAAAUAAGGCAAUGGAAGCACCUUCCACAUCACUUCCAGUUGAAGAAAAGUCCUCCAAAUCGGAUGUAGUAGAUUUGACAUCAGACGACAGUAACGACGGGCCAUCAUCGAAGACAGAAAAAACGGAACCACCUUCAUUGAGACCAAUUAAUCCGACUCAGGUCCUUAAACGACCCCAGGCAGUUUUCUUCAAGGCAAACUCUUCCAAACCAAUUACAACACCAUUGCCAGAACCUUCCGCAGAUCCUCUUCACCUUGAAAUACCGAAAAUCGCAACGAUUGAUCUUCUGGACUCAGACUCGGAUGAUGAAAGCAAAACUAAGCCCAGAAAGAAUUUUGAACCCAAUGGUCAAUUGAAAAUGCCUUCCCCGAAACCCCUUACUGAUAAGCCCAUGUUUACUAUAUCUUCCGUGCAGUCGAUAAGCACUCUGCAGCAACACUACGAAAGGCGGCGUGAGGUUGAGAAGAAUCUAUUUGAAAUCGUGAAGGCCAAUGAAUACCAAGCCGUUCACACAGUUCCUCGCAAGUAUAAUAAGACCGUUCGGGCAUAUUUGGAGAAGUUCGUUAAUAAUUUGCUGUUCGAGAAGAAUCGUGUGAAUUUGUGCCUGCAGAAGUUACAAAUGUGUGUACGACCCGAAAGAUACAAACAGAUUAAGAGGAUCAUUCAGACAUACUGUAGUGAGCCUGUCAAUGAUUCUAGCCUGCCUGCACCGAGUCCUUUUUGCCACCGAAUUAAAGUCUAUCCCGAGAAAUUGCAGUUCGUUAUGCGACAGGUUUUCUUUUAUGGUUCAGCGAUAAGUGUGAUUGGGUAUAAAGUGUUUAGUUUGGCCCAUCAACAUGAAGAUAGAUUACCAACUAAACUAGUCCCGGAAGCCACGAAAGCUCAACCAAAACCUACCAAUCGCCUCCCUGUUAUUCAGAAAGUUGCGUCUAUAGCUGAUAAUAUUGUACCGAGGAAAGCGAUGAAUUCUAGUAAAGCAUCAACACCUUCUUCGUCUCCAGUGAAAUCUUUGCCGUCUGCAUCAUCCUCGGCAUUUGCAAUAGCAUCGGCACCUUCCCCGAAACCUUCACCUGUUCCAGUUGCCCGGAAAGCAUUGACUUCGAGGGCGACAUCACCACUUUUGGUUCCGAAUGACGACUUACUCGCUCCUAUGACAACGAGACCUGCUUCGCCUGAUCCGGUACCGACGCCGCCGAAGCAAUCGCGACGCAGAAAGCGUCCAAGUGAUGAUGAUGACGACGAUGAUGAGAAUUAUGUGCCGCAUGAGUACAUAUCAGAUUCAGAAGAUGCUUCUGAGGACCAAGGGGAUGGACAAUCGCGAAGAAGGUCUCUGCAGCGCGCAAGCAAGUCUCGUUGCAAGAAAUAUCUCCAACUGGAGGGAAGCAUUGAUGAUGAGACAUUCAUCCAGGCUGCACAAGCUUCUAUUGCGAAAGCUCUUAAGCCGGAGAGGAGCUCGAAAAAGGGGCAGCCACCGGCUAAAAAGGCGAAACUUGCACCUCGGUCUAAGAAACAAGCAGUUCAACAGAGCGAUGACGAAACUGGCAGUAACAACCCAAAGGCUGAUGAGAAUAAUCCCGAAUCUGCUGCUGAUGCUGAGCAAGAGACUGAAAGCUUGGACGAUAGUCUUUCUUCCGCGGGACGACUGAGAAGUGGAAAUUAUCGAGGUGAUGACGAUGAUGAUGAUUGUGAACCUCCACCGGAGUUGGAUACCACCAAGGAAAAUUUUGCGAAGAAUAUUAUUCGUGCGUAUCACUGCCGCAGUCAGUACCUGUCCAGAUGUCUGAUUUGUCAUGAGAAAAUUGGACGGAAAUCUGGCGUUUCCCAUUACGUGAACAGUCAUCGCGACAGGGAAAAUUACGUAUCGCGAAUUACGAAGAGUGAUGUGAUGAAACUUCAAUCGGAGACGAUGAGUUUUGCGUUUCUUUCCGCUAGUAAGGGCUCCGUAAGCACAUACGUGGCUUAUUGCUUCUUCUGUCAAGUGGAGCAUUGUUUGUCGAUGAGAAACUGGUGGGAGCACUAUACUCGUCACACGGGGGAGUACGGAUUCGAGUGCUCUGCAUGCAAAGUCCGUCGAUCAUGCCGGCAACAAAUGAAUCGUCAUGUUAACAUCGAGUGUACAGAGAAACACGCUGAGGUCGUAGUCAUUAAUGAACUUGAUCCUGAAGCGAGGAGGAUCGAUGCAUACGUAUGUCUUCUCUGCUUCUACAUUCAGUUGCAUAUUGAACCCUUGUUGCGUCAUAUGCAUACGGAGCACGGAUUUUCAGCGAACACAGCCGAAAUUCCAGAAGGCACUUAUCAGACAGUGAAUAUGUUGAAAAUUGAGCAAACACUCUACGAGAUGAACGAGUAUUCACAAACGCUUGAGUCUUCCUUGGAGGAGGAGGCGCAGGAUGACAUGUCCUUUAUGAUUUGUAACAUGCUCGCCUCUUCCACCGAACAAGAUCAGACUAGUGUCGAGGCUAAUGGCGGAUAUUUUACAGUUGCCGCAUUGCCGGAAAACUCUUUCGAUAACAAGCCUCCGUCGCCAGAAAUGAUAAUUCCUGAGUUUAUUAUUCCGAAAUCAGAACAGGGGGAUGUAAAAAAUUCAGGAGUUCACAUUGGGGUUGAUGACGCCACAAAAAUGUCGAGUUUGGUUGGAGCUAAUGUUGCUGGCGUUGAAAUUGAUCCUUCCUUGGUACGAGUGAAAGUUGAGAAGGACGCCUGUGUUGGAAGUUUGGGAAUUCCUCAAGAUUCAGUACCAAUGGUGAAAAUUAUUGGCAAUAGUGAGUCAAGUGCGGGCGAAAAGGAUGUUUUACCAGCUGUUCUGGAUGUGAAGAAGGAAAAUCAACCCCCGCCCGGUCCCCGUGAAACUAAUAACAUUUGUGAUACCUCCAAUAACCAAAUCAGUGAUACCAGUCAGGGGGACGAGUUAGUCAAACAAGAUGAGUCCGCGGCGACUAUCGAAGAAGUAAGCGAUGGAAUACCCACUGAAUCACAGAAAUGUGAUCAAAAAUCUGUCCCUAAGGCUCCAGUGCAUUUAGAUGCUACGAAUCCCAUCUCAUCUCUUGUUUGGUCUGAAGAUGACAACUCAAACUGUUCAAACUCUAAAGACACAGUGAGAAAAUCUAACCCCAAAGAAACUACACCAGCGAAAGUUAUGGAGAUUGAAUCAAGUGACGCGAGUCAAACAUCAACCUCGAUUCGCGCAUUUCAGUCAGUGGGGAAUAAAAAAACUGAAUCCCUUCCCUUAGCCAGUCAAUCCAAUCAAAGUAAAUCACACAACACGUUUCUACCCGACGAGGUAAACUCGCUAACUGAAUCGGCCACGGAAAGAAUAUUCCACAGCGUGACUGAUUCGAUUGUUGACUCAGUACUUGAAUCGAAUGAAGUCACGACAAUACUUUCGGAUUCGACAUCUGAACUACUAGAAAGUGCCAUCACGUCAUCUGCAUCUAAUACAUCAGAACUGCCCGAAACGAUAUCGUCGGACUCGAUACAAAGUGGUCCACAAUUUCUCAAGUCAUCUGAUUCGCCGUUGAAGCCCGAUCUUCCAAUUAACGAGUCGGAUUUGCCAGAACCAAUGGAAACGACGGAAACUGACGGUUUUUUGAUUAUAACAUCGUUGGAUGCCAACAGUGAAAUGGCUGACAAUGCAAUGGCGUCGGAGGUGGAUACAGAACUUGCAGAAGUGAAUGAAACCAUUCUCGGUGACUAUGAUUCAGCUGGUGUUGUAACUGAUGCUGUAAUCACUGCUGAUUCGGGAUGCAAUGGAGUUUCCCUGGGAAUUGUAGAGGGGAAUGAAAUUUCAAGCAAUGAUUGUUCCGUUUUACCUGUCGCUGUUACGGAACCAGUUGGAACGGACAUUGAAAUGAAGGAUCUCGAAGGAGAGGUUUGCUAGAAGAUGACAGUUGGAUUGAUUCUCUUUACAAUGAAAAAUCCUCUACUAAACAUCCAACUAGGAUACCCACCAACUUUGAUCUUGAUUGCAAUCAUGCCCAAUUCAAAGCUACACUCCAAGCCUAAUGUUUGACUUCCAAAAUUUGUCGGGCAAUUAGAUGCAUAAUAGUUUGCCUGCAUUUAUCAAUUUUUAAAUAUUGCACUUGGGUGAGUGUUUUUAUGAAUAUUUUUUAUUGGUCACAACCUAGUUCUUAGGGGGAUUGUAUUCUAAAAAUUAUUGUCUGUGUUAAACUGGGUGGGUUCUUGGUUGCCGAGUAAAUGCACCUUCAAAUUACCUAACUUUAUCGGACUUAUAGGUGUUAUGACGAUUGAUGAAGUACUUCCUAAGCCGAAAAGAUAAUUUCUCUCAUCACGCUAAACAUGGUUAAGUUUCGGAUUAGGAACUAUGAGCAAGGAUUAUUGACAAAUGUAGAGCAAAGCUUUCGAUCGUCAUUAAUAAUAAUUCAUAUUAAUUUCUGGAAAUAUUCUCCUUUUUAUAAAAGAUAUUUCUAACAAGAUUAGAUGUAAGUUGGCCCAUUUUCUGUCUGCUAGCAUGAAUGUUCUAGCUUUUUUCUAAUUGGUUGAAUGUAUCAUUUAAAUUUGAAGAAAGAGAGAUGUAUGUAUAUAGAGUCAUAAAUUACCAUACCUAGAGGUAUAACUUUACAUAAUGAGUUAAGUUAAGAUAGCUCGCAUAUAGUUUAAUUGUAAAUGUAAGUAACUGCAAAGUUUUUUUUCACAUAUGUAAAUAUCCAUUGAAAUGAGUUUGAACACAACAUUUUUGCUUGUUAAUUUUACUACAAUAAUAAAGUUAAAUUGAAA